AGGUGCUAUGGACAAAGAGAGCUGCUUCCAAAAUCUCUACAAGGCGUCUUUUGAUAAUAUGUCCAUUUAUCUAAAAAAGAAAGAAGAGAGACUACAGCAGCAGAAAAAUAAGAGGAAAGAUCCACAGUAUGAAUCAAGCGAACAGACCAAAAAAGUCAGAACUGAGGAGCUGUCCUGAUAAUACUCAGUGCUGUCACAUUUCUGAGUUUGGAAGCAGCUGAACAGAAAACAGAAACUUUUCCUUAGGCAUAACUGAAAUUAAAUCUGCCUGAUGGUUAGUGUCAGCAUACCUCACCCCUGACAAAUAGCAAAAGACGUAACCUGAUUAACAAGCCACAUCCCAGUGCCUUUAAGUGACUCGUUUCUAAAUGUAUGGCUUUAAAAUGUUGCUUGAAUGACAGUGCUGAAAGUAAUACCUAGAAAAGGAUUAUAACAAAGAACUUCUCCAAAUCCAGUUGAUCAGAUUUUCUUCCUGAACCAAGAAUAUGCUGUCUCAACAAUGUCAAAAUGGACCCAAAUCAUUGCAUAGUGUCAAACUUCUACCCAGCCAUCUUUUCCAGAAGUUGAGGCAAUAUAUACCAUAUAGUUAUAUAAGAAAAAAACUGGAUUACUGCCAGAGUUCAUGGUCAAGCCCAGUUAUUCUUGGGAUUUUGUAGCUGAAGAUUUUGUUGAGUUCUCUAGUAGAUCUGAUCUACUGAAUCAUAGAAACAACCCGAAGGAAGCCCUUAAAAAUGGCUUUGCUUAACUCCAGUUGUCUUUAAUGCAUUUAAAUAGGCAGAAACACAAAUUAAGUGUUAACGUAGUUCAUGGCAGCUGUAAUAUUACAACAAAUAGUGUCUGCAGUAAGCCUCAGUGAUGCAAAAAUGAUUGUAUUAAUUACUUCAUGUCACAAAUCUGCCAUUAAGUAAGGACAUAAUAUCUAACACAAGAACAUAAGUGGCAAUAUUUGGAUCAGGACAUGUUUGAUUGGCACUGUAAUUAAGUUGAUCUCUUUCAACAGUAAAAAGGUAAAGGAGUCUCUGCUGAUUUUACUCUGCUGGUCUGUGCUGACCAUAGGGGACGGUGCUUGUUUCAAGGCCAUUGAGCCAGCGCUGCCCGAAGGAAUUUCCUCAGUUCAUGUUGCCACGGAAUUAUUCAGUUGAACAGUAAAGAAGUAAUAAACGUUUACGGAACAUCUAUUUUAGACUGCAUUCAAUCAAUGGGAAGAUCUCUCAGUUUUUUUCAGUCCAAAGCUUGCAAUUUGAUGUUAACAACUGCAGUGCUUGAAUAGUAUUUAAUCAUCCUUAAGACAUCUGAGAGAUUUGGCGAUAUAUGUGAAAACAAUUUGAAUGCGCUUGAUCAGCAUCUUGUUUUGUGUAUUUAAAUCCCAAUUAGUGACAUGCAAAAUCAAAUGUAAAAUUUGGAUGAUUGUGGAUACUGCCCCCAUUUCCUUUCCAGUUAUUUUGCAUAAAGAAAAUAACUGAAUUUGAAAUAUUUAUAUAGAUUUUGACCAUGCAGAGAAUAAAGCCACAUGUUUUGAUGCAUGUCCAAUA